UCAUCCAAACGUCAUAAAAAGCAAGGAGGCAAGGAGUCCCCGUCGAAGACUCAAGGGGCUCGUCAGAAUCCGGAGGAGAAGAACCCCAGAGCUGCAUCUGGUUCAGAUAUUGCAGCUUUCAGGUGUCCACCAAAAGAUAUUCAGAUAGGAGACUUGACCAACUCGAAGAUUCCAAGUGCUGGGAAAGGCGUCACAAUUGUGAAUGCUAAGAACGUGUUCAUCAACUUCAUUCGUGGUGAAGGCAGAGGAGUAUCUAUAGGCGUUCCUGGAGCACUUCAUUACGACGUAAGUCUUGAAUUCUGUAAAUUACACCUCAGGAAGCGGGUUCCAAAACAAAAGGAUCUAGACCAUGUGCACAACCAGGACAUGACCACAGGUCUCGCUGAUCUGCUCACGGCAAGAUGUCCGUCCAGACGUUCCAGCUCGAAGCAAUCCUGUGAUCUCGGUAAUAUUCAACAUUAG